CAUAGUUCCAAACCGUACAAAGUCUGGAAGAAGAACUCACAGUCCCUUUUUGAUUUUCUUUUCAACAAAAUACAAUUUUGGAAGAUCAAUUUCGGAAGAUCAAUACUUCGUUUUGCAUUGGUUGCAUUUUGAGUUCCAGAUCGUUGUUCUACUCAUGUGAGACACUUUUAUUUUACCUUUGUUUCUACUCUUCACUUAUUUUCUGCAUUCCUUUCAUCCCCGGUAACGGCGGAUGCCCCCCUUCUUCUCACGUCAGAGUGCGACGGUUCCCCCUCAGAAUAUCAAGGAAUUGGUGAGACUUACAGCGGUCUGUAGACAGCAACGGUUUUCACAUAGAAAGAGACUGACGCUGACAGAGUUGCCUUUAAGACUGUUGCUCCUCAGCAUUUUAACGGUCGCCAUGAACUUUUUGCCGUUAUCAUCUUCAAAUCAUUCCUUACAGUAUACUUCUCGAGAUCAUGAGAUUAAUUCAAUAUGUCACGCUGCUCUUUGUCUUGUGGUGAGGUGAUCCACUUUAUUUACUGUCAUUUGGUUUUUAUCCCACUCACACACUUAUGAUACAUCACAUCACAUGUCAUGUGACAAAACCAGACGUCACAUUGGUUUCACUUGAUGUUAGAUCUGCAGUGAUUUCAGUAAGGGGCGUAUUGGACAUUUCAGUAAAUAUAGGACAGUGAUAUCAGUUCAGCAAUAUUACACUAUACAGUUAAAGUAUGAUACUUGACUAAUGCAUGUUCUUUUGUUUUUGCUGUAGUUUUUUCUCUUUGAUAAACUAUAGGCUCUUCUAUUCUCAUUUACUCAUACCCAAAUUGUCCUUUGUGUGGUAAGUAUCAAAUAUAUGAAAUAUAUAUGAAUAUAUGAUAUAUCAAAUAUAUCAAACAAAUAUAUGAAAUAUAUAUUUAAGGUUUAUUUUAAUAGUAGGCUACACAUUUGCAGCUGAAAGCUGAAUUACAGCAUACAUAAGCUCACAUGAAACUAAAUAAGUAAAUAAACAACUGAUUAAAAUGCAAAAUAGAAGGUAGGCCUACUGGUGUUUGAGAUGGGGCCGUAUAUAAUAUUACAGUUACCCUAAGUGUUCAGCAGUCUCUCAGAGUAGAGCAAUGGGCUGUUGUAAUAUCGGUCAGUCUGGGUAGGAGGAGCGAGGUUAAGACUGUGGAUAGAUCUUGUGGACAUAGGCAUUCUGUGUGUGACAUAAGCAUUCUGUGUGUGUGUGACAUAGGCAUUCUGUGUGUGUGUGACAUAAGCAUUCUGUGUGUGUGUGACAUAGGCAUUCUGUGUGUGACAUAAGCAUUCUGUGUGUGUGUGACAUAGGCAUUCUGUGUGUGACAUAAGCAUUCUGUGUGUGUGUGACAUAGGCAUUCUGUGUGUGACAUAAGCAUUCUGUGUGUGUGUGACAUAGGCAUUCUGUGUGUGUGUGACAUAGGCAUUCUGUGUGUGUGUGACAUAAGCAUUCUGUGUGUGUGUGACAUAGGCAUUCUGUGUGUGACAUAAGCAUUCUGUGUGUGUGUGACAUAGGCAUUCUGUGUGUGACAUAAGCAUUCUGUGUGUGUGUGACAUAGGCAUUCUGUGUGUGACAUAAGCAUUCUGUGUGUGUGUGACAUAGGCAUUCUGUGUGUGACAUAAGCAUUCUGUGUGUGUGUGACAUAAGCAUUCUGUGUGUGUGUGACAUAAACAUUCUGUGUGUGUGUGUGAUAUACACUACCAGUCAAAAGUUUAGACAUCUACGCAUUCAAGGGUUUUUCUUUAUUUUUUUAAACUAUUUUUUUACAUUGUAGAAUAAUAGUGAAGACAUCAAAACUAUGAAAUAACACAUAUGGAAACAUGUAGUAACCAAAAAAGUGUUAAACAAAUCAAAAUAUAUUUUAUAUAUGAGAUUCUUCAAAUAGCCACCCUUUGCCUUGAUGACAGCUUUGCACACUCUUGGCAUUCUCUCAACCAGCUUCACCUGGAAUGCUUUUCCAACAGUCUUGAAGGCGUUCCCACAUAUGCUGAGCACUUGUUGGCUGCUUUUCCUUCACUCUGCGGUCCGACUCAUCCCAAACCAUCUCAAUUGGGUUGAGGUCGGGGGACUGUGGAGGCCAGGUCAUCUGAUGCAGCACUCCAUCACUCUCCUUCUUGGUAAAAUAGCCCUUACACAGCCUGGAGGUGUGUUUUGGGUCAUUGUCCUGUUGAAAAACAAAUGAUAGUCCCACUAAGCCCAAACCAUAUGGGAUGGCGUAUCGCUGCAGAAUGCUGUGGUAGCCAUGUUGGUUAGUGUGCCUUGAAUUCUAAAUAAAUCACAGACAGUGUCACCAGCAAAGCACCCCCACACCAUAACACCUCCUCCUCCAUGCUUUAUGGCGGGAACUACACAUGCGGAGAUCAUCCGUUCACCCACACCGCGUCUCACAAAGACACUGGUUUGAAACAAAAUCUCAAAUUUGGACUCCAGACCAAAGGACAAAUUUCCACCAGUCUAAUGUCCAUUGCUCGUGUUUCUUGGCCCAAGCAGGUCUCUUCUUCUUAUUGGUGUCCCUUAGUAUUGGUUUCUUUGCAGCAAUUCGACCAUGAAGGCCUGAUUCACACAGUCCCCUCUGAACAGUUGAUGUGGAGAUGUGUCUGUUACUUGAACUCUGUGAAGCAUUUUUUUGGGCUGCAAUUUCUGAGGCUGGUAACUCUAAUGAAUUUAUCCUCUGCAGCAGAGGUAACUCUGGGUCUUCCUUUCCUGUGGCGGUCCUCAUGAGAGCCAGUUUCAUCAUAGCACUUGACGGUUUUUGCGACUGCACUUGAAGAAACAUUCAAAGAUCUUGAAAUGUUCCAUAUUGACUGACCUUCAUGUCUUAAAGUAAUGAUGGACUGUCAUUUCUCUUUGCUUAUUUGAGCUGUUCUUGCCAUAAUAUGGACUUGGUCUUUUACCAAAUAGGGCUAUCUUCUGUAUACCCCCCUACCUUGUCACAACACAACUGAUUGGCUCAAAUGCAUUAAGAAGGAAAUAAAAUACACAAAUUAACUUUUAAGAAGGACACCUGUUAAUUGAAAUGCAUUCCAGGUGACUAAAUAAUGAAGCUGGUUGAGAGAAUGCCAAGAGUGUGCAAAGCUGUCAUCAAGGCAAAGGGUGGCUAUUUGAAGAAUCUCAAAUAUAACAUAUAUUUUCAUUUGUUUAACACUUUUUUGGUUACUACAUGAUUCCAUAUGUGUUAUUUCAUAGUUUUGAUGUUUUCACUAUUAUUCUACAAUAUACAAUAUAGUAAAAAUAAAGAAAAACCCUGGAAUGAGUUGGUGUGUCCAGACUUUUUAUGGAUAGUGUAGGCAUUUUGUGUGUGUGUGUGUGACAUAGGCAUUCUGUGUGGGACAUAGGCAUUCUGUGUGGGACAUAGGCAUUCUGUGUGGGACAUAGGCAUUCUGUGUGGGACAUAGGCAUUCUGUGUGGGACAUAGGCAUUCUGUGUGGGACAUAGGCAUUCUGUGUGGGACAUAGGCAUUCUGUGUGGGACAUAGGCAUUCUGUGUGGGACAUAGGCAUUCUGUGUGUGACACAGGCAUUCUGUGUGUGUUGUACUGUUCUGUUCUGUUGUAGGUACCAUUGAUUUAACCUUUUAUCAUCCUAAGUGGAAGAGGACACGCUCUCCCCACGAUGACCAAUGAGACCCCAGCUGACCUCUACAUCUUCACCACUGACCUCCUGCCCCUUGACCCUCGCUUCCUUCCUCCGCUGGCCAAUGGGCUGCUGGGUUGGAGGGUGUACGAUGACAUCAUGCACAUGGGCGGAGUCUAUAACGGCGAGGGCGGGGACUGUCACCGUGCCAAUCUCCCCUGUCCUCUGGCUGUGAGGAUGGAGAUAGAGGAGGAGGAGAAGGCAGGGCAUCUGCAACACUCCUACAGCCUAGAUACACACACAGGUACGUUGGUACAGUCUAGAUACAACUCACUACACGCACAGGUACUUGGUAAGUCUAGAUACACACAGGUACAUUGGUACAGUCUAGAUACACACAAGGUACGUUGGUACAGUCUAGAUACCACACAGGUACAUUGGUACAGUCUAGAUACACAACAGGUACAUUGGUACAGUCUAGAUACACACAGGUACGUUGGUACAGUCUAGAUACACACACAGGUACAUUGGUACAGUCUAGAUACACACACAGGUACGUUGGUACAGUCUAGAUACACACACAGGUACAUUGGUACAGUCUAGAUACACACAGGUACAUUGGUACAGUCUAGAUACACACACAGGUACGUUGGUACAGUCUAGAUACACACAGGUACGUUGGUACAGUCUAGAUACACACAGGUACAUUGGUACAGUCUAGAUACACACACAGGUACGUUGGUACAGUCUAGAUCACACACAGGUACGUUGGUACAGUCUAGAUACACACAGGUACAUUGGUACAGUCUAGAUACACACACAGGUACGUUGGUACAGUCUAGAUACACACAGGUACGUUGGUACAGUCUAGAUACACACAGGUACGUUGGUACAGUCUAGAUACACACACAGGUACGUUGGUACAGUCUAGAUACACACAGGUACAUUGGUACAGUCUAGAUACACACAGGUACAUUGGUACAGUCUAGAUACACACAGGUACGUUGGUACAGUCUAGAUACACACAGGUACGUUGGUACAGUCUAGAUACACACAGGUACUUGGUACAGUCUAGAUACACACAGGUACGUUGGUACAGUCUAGAUACACACAGGUACAUUGGUACAGUCUAGAUACACACAGGUACUUGGUACAGUCUAGAUACACACAGGUACAUUGGUACAGUCUAGAUACACACAGGUACAUUGGUACAGUCGUAACACAGGUAGUGGUACAGUCUAGAUACACACAGGUACGUUGGUACAGUCUAGAUACACACAGGGUACGUUGGUACAGUCUAGAUACCACAGGUACGUUGGUACAGUCUAGAUACACACAGGUACGUUGGUACAGUCUAGAUACACACAGGUACGUUGGUACAGUCUAGUACAACACAGGUACGUUGGUACAGUCUAGAUACACACAUGGUACGUUGGUACAGUCUAGAUACACACAGGUACGUUGGUACAGUCUAGAUACAACACAGGUACGUUGGUACAGUCUAGAUACACACAGGUACGUUGGUACAGUCUAGAUACACACAGGUAUCGUGGUACAGUUAUAUACACACACAGGUACGUUGGUACAGUCUAGAUACACACAGGGUACGUUGGUUACAGUCUAGAUACCACACAGGUACGUUGGUACAGUGUAGAUACACACAGGUACGUUGGUACAGUCUAGAUACACGUUGGUACAGUCUAGAUACACACAGGUACAUUGGUACAGUCUAGAUACACACAGGUACGUUGGUACAGUCUAGAUACACACAGGUACAUUGGUACAGUCUAGAUAUAAACAGGUACAUUGGUACAGUCUAGAUACACGCAGGUACGUUGGUACAGUCUAGAUACAUGCAGGUACGUUGGUACAGUCUAGAUACACACACAGGUACAUUGGUACAGUCUAGAUACACACAGGUACGUUGGUACAGUCUAGAUACACACACAGGUACAUUGGUACAGUCUAGAUACACACAGGUACAUUGGUACAGUCUAGAUACACACACAGGUACGUUGGUACAGUCUAGAUACACACACAUGGUACAUUGGUACAGUCUAGAUACACAACAGGUACAUUGGUACAGUCUAGAUACACACAGGUACGUUGGUACAGUCUAUGAUACACACACAGGUACAUUGGUACAGUCUAGAUACACACAGGUACGUUGGUACAGUCUAGAUACACACAGGUACGUUGGUACAGUCUAGAUACACACAGGUACGUUGGUACAGUCUAGAUACACACAGGUACGUUGGUACAGUCUAGAUACACACAGGUACAUUGGUACAGUCUAGAUACACACAGGUACGUUGGUACAGUCUAGAUACACACAGGUACGUUGGUACAGUCUAGAUACACACAGGUACGUUGGUACAGUCUAGAUACACACAGGUACUUGGUACAGUCUAGAUACACACAGGUACGUUGGUUAACAGUCCUAGAUAUACACACAGGUACGUUGGUACAGUCUAGAUACACACAGGUACGUUGGUACAGUCUAGAUACACACAGGUACGUUGGUACAGUCUAGAUACACACAGGUACGUUGGUACAGUCUAGAUACACACAGGGUACGUUGGUACAGUCUAGAUACACACAGGUACGUUGGUACAGUCUAGAUACACACAGGUACAUUGGUACAGUCUAGAUACAAACAGGUACAUUGAUACAGUCUAGAUACACACACAGGUACGUUGGUACAGUCUAGAUACACACAGGUACGUUGGUACAGUCUAGAUACACACAGGUACGUUGGUACAGUCUAGAUACACACAGGUACGUUGGUACAGUCUAGAUACACACAGGUACAUUGGUACAGUCUAGAUACACACAGGUAUGUUGGUACAGUCUAGAUACACACAGGUACGUUGGUAUAGUCUAGAUACACACAGGUACGUUGGUACAGUCUAGAUACACACAGGUACGUUGGUAUAGUCUAGAUACACACAGGUACAUUGGUACAGUCUAGAUACACAGGUACGUUGGUACAUGUAGUUCACUGCAGCUCAAGAACACAACCCUACAGAUGAUGAGGUCCAUGUACGCUGCAUGUAAAGGUCUGAAUACCAUGUGUUGACAUGUUCAUCAUCACUAGUUUGAAUGAAAUUGUUACCAAGCUUUACAGUUGUAUCACUGCUGCUGUCUGUCUGUCUGUCUGUCUGUCUGUCUGUCUGUCUGUUCCUGUCCUCUCUCUCUCUAGGUAUAUUCACCCACUCUCUGAGGACAGCUAGUGUUAUUGCCUCCCAGUCUCUCUACGCCCAUCGACACCAUCCCAACCUCUUGGUCAUGGAGGUCCUGCUGGUUCGUCAGGGCACCUCCCAGGAGCCAAUCACAGUCAAGCUGGACAGUACGUUCACACCUCAAAGCGAUGACAUAGUGUUCCAUUCUGAACCGGACUACAAAGGAGGCAGGUGAGAAUAAAUGCUGGCUGAACGGGAAAUAGGAAGGAAGCACGAUGGACAGAAACAAAACAAUUCAGUGGCCUUCUUUUGUACCAGCAGUGAGCUGGAGUUGCUUUUCCAUUCAAUUUAUACAGCCUUUCUCCAUGCACUUGGUAAUAUGAUAGAUGUGUGAGUUGUAUUUUUUUUUAUAGAUCAAAAGGCACCGACUGAAACAUGAAAGCACCAGGGCCUUUAUUCAUAGAGCCCCUAGCCACUCAUUAUAAUCUAACAGGCAAAACUGAUCCUAGAUCACCAUUCCUCCUCUUAGACUUGAUUUUCCUGUGUUUAAUAUACACUGAACAAAAUAUUAAAAAAAUAUUUUACUGAGUUCAUAUAAGGAGUCAAAUAAAUUCAUUAGGCCCUAAUCGAUGGAUUUCAUAUGACUGGGAAUACUUGGUCACAGGUGAAAAAAACAAAGUAGGGGCGUGGAUCAGAAAACCUGUCAGUAUCACAUCUCCUUCGCAUAGAGUUGAUCAGGCUGUUGAUUUUGGCCUGUGGAAUGUUGUCCCACUCCUCUUCAAUGGCUGUGCGAAGUUGCUGGAUAUUUUGGUGGGAACUGGAACACGCUGUCGUACACGUCGAGCCAGAGCAUCCCAAACAUGCUCAAUGGGUGACAUGGCUGGUGAGUAUGCAGGCCAUGGAAGAACUGGGACAUUUUCAGCUUCCAGGAAUUGUUUACAGAUCCUUGCGACAUGGGGCCGUGCAUUAUCAUACUGAAACAUGAGGUGAUGGCGGCGGAUGAAUGGCAUGACAAUGGGCCUCAGGAUCUCGUCACGGUAUCUCUUUGCCAUCGAUAAAAUGCAAUUGUGUUCGUCGUCCGUAGCUUAUGCCUGCCCAUACCAUAACCCCACCGCCACCAUGGGGCACUGUUCACACCGUUGACAUCAGCAAACUGCUCGCCCACACAACACCAUACUGCCAUCUGCCCGGUACAGUUAAAACCGGGAUUCAUCCGUGAAGAGCACACUUCUCCAGUGUGCCAGUGGCCAUCGAAGGUGAGUAUUUGCCCACUGAUGUCGGUUACGACGCCGAACUGCAGUCAGGUCAAGACCCUGGUGAGGACGACAAGCACCGAGAUGAGCUUCCCUGAGACGGUAUCUGACAGUUUGUGCAGAAAUUCUUCAGUUGUGCAAACCCACAGUUUCAUCAGCUGUCCGGGUGACUGGUCUCAGACGACCCCGCAGGUGAAGAAGCCGGAUGUGGAGGUCCUGGGACUGGCGUGGUUACACGUCUGUGGUUGUGGUGGACGGUUGGAUGUACUGCCAAAUAGUAUGUGAGAAAAUCAUCACUCAUGCUGCUUCAAAUUCCCUCUGUUCAUUAAAAUCACAAAUUAACCAACACCCAUCUCUUUUUGUGACUACCUGGACCUACCAAUUGGUUUUGAAGUAUUGAAACCAAACCAAAUGGAUUUGAAUGAAAAGUAUUUUUAUAAACAUGAAAAGGUGAACGUAAGAAGCGCUCAUCAUUUCAAAUAGGCUACAUGUCAUAUUAAACAGCAUAUAAACACUAAAUAGGUCAGGAGUCAGACAAGGAGCCUAAGAAGGAACGAAAAUGAAUGAUUUAGGCUAUUAUUUCAAUUAUUUCAAGGCUAUAGCCUACAAAGAAAUACAUUGUGAAGCAUUUGCGAGUGUGACACACUAGGCUGUUAGGGACAUAAAUCAUUCAUCAUUUAAACAACAUUUCAUUGUAUUAAAUCAUUAUAGUCUAUAAAUUGCGCAUACAGGCUGUGACUUAGAAUUAAAUACUAAUUAAACUAAAAAUGGCUUCGGCUCAGUCUACAGUGCCUUUUUGAGUUCAUUUUUAGAAACACCAGUCUGUGGAUUCAGGCUGUGAUGGUGCCUGGAGAGCAGGCCAGCAGCUGAGAAUAAAAUCCUCUCCGCAAAAAUAGCUAAGAAGCUAUUUUUGUUUAUUUUUGAUCAUUUUAAAUUGAAAACGAUCCCAGUAAGGUACCUCAUUGUUACCCAGAAAUGGUUUCAUAUUGAAAUAAAAACUGCUGCAUUGGACCUUUUAAUACAAAAGCCCCCAGCGCUCAGCUCAGCUCAGCUCACAAUCACCCCUUUCCUUCCCUAGUUACAUCCAGGGCCAGACCACCAUGGCUGAGGUCCCUGGUGGGGUCUGCCCCAGCGUCCACAUCAUCUGGACCCCCAUCACCCCCUCCCUCACCCUGCUGCCCGACCAGGCCCAGUCCCGCUGGGGGUUCGUGGUGGCGAUGGCGGGCAGUCAGGACAGCGCGCAGGCUCACUACGACACAGGUAAAGAAAGGGAGCGUGCUCAACCAUCCUCCUGCGUAAAAAAACAGUGACGGUCAACAGUCACAUAAUGAUGAAAACAGCACUAACCUGAUGAAGCUGCAACUGAGGUCUGCGCUGCGGUACAUGUUGGACUGAGGCCCGUUAUGACGGGUGGCGUGGCAUUACUCGCAGACAUUUUUUACAUUUAGCAGACGCUCUUAUCCAGAACGACUUACAGGAGCAAUUAGGGUUAAGCGCCUUGCUCAAGGGCACAUCGACAGAUUUUUCACCUAGUCGGGCUCGGGGAUUAGAACCAGCGACCUUUCGGUUACUGGCACAACGCUCUUAACCACUAAGCUACCUGCCGCCUCAGACUCGUAGUAAUAAGAUGACAGGACCAGCUGCCUCUCAAGGUUAACGUUAGCUGAACUCAGUCGUUAUGGUAACGAUAUGGGGAUAGGCACCAUGAAUACAUCAUUAGAUGUUUUAAUCGUUUUUCACCAUCCCCAGGACCACUUUGGACAGAAGUGAUUUAAUGAAUACUUCUAAGUCCUCUGGGGACAUAUUGGUGUUUAUGUUUUUUACCAAUUCGAAAAUAAAAAUGAAACUUUGUCAUGGCAAUGAACGUAAACAUGUUAACAGGUCUGGAGCUGAUGGCCAAUGGGAACCUUCGUCCCUCGCACCUCCGGGCGUGGGAGGAGCUGUGGGCGGGCAGUACGCUGGAGCUGACUGGUCCAGACGACCUGAGUAGGGCUCUGAUUGGCUGCAUGUUCUACCUGCUCAGUGCCUUCCCUUCGUUGCACGAGGCGCCCGGUCAUUUCGGUGGGGUCAGUCCUGGGGGGCUGUCUAACGGGGGGUCAGGGCAAGACUACUGGGGGCACGUGUUCUGGGACCAGGUGAGGACAAUGGUUACUGUUCUUCUUAUUUUGAUGAUUUAACUCAUGAAGGGAAGUGGUUAGUUGACCCGUCCAAUCAGGUGUACUGGAAUACAACACAUAAGUGGAACUGGCUGUACUCAAGGAGAGGUUUCAUUGUGUUAGGGUAACCGCUACCAUUGAACCAUUAGGCUUUUAGUGUGACUGAACUGGCCCUCCCUCUGUCUCCCUGUGCAGGACACCUGGAUGUACCCCAGUAUCGGUCUCUUUUAUCCUCAGUUAGCCCGGGCCGUGCUAGAGUACCGGGUGAGGACAGUGGAUGGCGCUAAGGACAAUGCUGAGAAGCAGGGUUACAAGGUACAGGAUUCUAUGAAACCCUGUGUUCACACUCCGCAUUCACACUCCGCAUUCACACUCCGCAUUCACACUCCGCAUUCACAGUCGGUCUCAUGAUGAGUUGGCAUCCUAUUGUGGGGGUUUUCAGUUGGCAUCCUAUUGUGGGGGUUUAUAGUUGGCAUCCUAUUGUGGGGGUUUAUAGUUGGCAUCCUAUUGUGGGGGUUUAUAGUUGGCUUCCUAUUGUGGGGGUUUAUAGUUGGCAUCCUAUUGUGGGGGUUUAUAGUUGGCAUCCUAUUGGGGGGUUUAUAGUUGGCAUCCUAUUGUGGGGGUUUAUAGUUGGCAUCCUAUUGUGGGGGUUUAUAGUUGGCAUCCUAUUGUGGGGUUUUACAGUUGGCAUCCUAUUGUGGGGUUUUAAAGUUGGCAUCAUAUUGUGGGGUUUUAAAGUUGGCAUCAUAUUGUGGGGGUUUAGAGUUGGCAUCAUAUUGUGGGGUUUUUAAAGUUGCAUCCAAGUGGCAUCUAUUGUGGGGGUUAUAUUGGUACAUUGGACCUAUUGGGGUUAAGUUGCAUUGUGGGGUUUAAAUUUGCAUCAUAUUGUGGGGGUUUUAAUUGGCAUCUAUUGGGGGGUUAUUGCAUCCUAUUGUGGGGUUUAUUUGGCAUCUAUGUGGGGGUUUAUAGUUGGCAUCCUAUUGGGGGUUUAUAGUUGGCAUCCUAUUGUGGGGUUUGAGUGGCAUCUAUUGUGGGGUUUAGUUGCAUCCUAUUGUGGGGUUUAAUGUGGCAGUUGGCAUCUAUUUGGGGUUUUAUAUUGGCACCUAUUGUGGGGUUAUAGUUGGCAUCUAUUGGGGGGUUUUAGUUGGCAUCCUAUUGUGGGGUUUAGUUGGAUCCUAGUUGCUAUUGUGGGUUUUUUAUAGUUGGCAUCUAUUGUGGGGGUUUAUAGUUGGCAUCCUAUUGUGGGUUUAUAGUUGGGUGGGGUUUUAGAGUGUUGCAUUAUUGUGGGGUUUUCAUGGCAUCAUCAUUUGUGGGGGUUUAGAGUUGGCAUCAUAUUGUGGGGGUUUAUAGUUGGCAUCAUAUUGUGGGGGUUUAUAGUUGCCAUCAUAUUGUGGGGGUUUACAGUUGGCAUCCUAUUGUGGGGUUUUGCUUGAUGUUAGGUACAGGAUGGUGACUGGGGUUUUGCUUGCUGUAUCUUGUUCAUCCUGAUGUUACAUAGGUGUUGUUGAGUGUCAUGUGAAUGCAUACAUUUAAGUUCCUUCAGGAAGUAUUCACACCUCUUGACUUACUCCACAUUUUGUUGUGUUACAGCCUGAAUUCAACACAAUACCCCCCAAGUGAAAAACUGCCCAGUCCUUGCCAUUGACAAGCAUACCCAUAACAUGAUGCAGCCACCACCAUGCUUGAAAAUAUGAAGAGUGGGACUCAGUGAUGGAUUUUCCCCAAAUAUAACACUUUGUAUUGAGGACAUGAAGUUAAUUUCUUUGCCACAUUUGUAGCAGCAUUACUUUAGUGCCUUGUUGCAAACAGGAUGCAUGUUUUGGAAUAUUUUUUAUUCUGUACAGGUUUCCUUCUUUUCACUCUGUCAAUUAGGUUAGUAUUGUGGAGUAGCGGUUUCCUUCCUCUCCGGUUACUGAGUUAGGAACGGCGCCUGUAUCUUUGUAGUAACUGGGUGUAUUGAUACGCCAUCAAAAUGUAAUUAAUAACUUCACCAUGCACAAAAGGAUAUUCAAUAUCUGCUUUUAUUUUUACCCAUCUACCAAUAGGUGCCCUUCUUUGUGAGGCAUUGGAAAACCUCCCUGGUCUUUGUGGUUGAAUCUGUAUUUGAAAUGCACUGCUCGACUGAGGGACCUUACAGAUAAUUGUAUGUGUGGGGUACAGAGAUGAGGUAGUCAUUCAAAAAUCAUGUUAAACACUAUUAUUGCACACAGAGUGAGUCCAUGCAACUUAUUAUGUGACUUGUUAAGCACAUUUCUACUCCUGAAUUUAUUUAGGCUUGCCAUAAUAAAGGGGUUGAGUAAUUAUUGACUCAGACAUUUCAGCUUUUCAUUUUUAAUUAAUUUGCAAACAUUUCUAAAAACAUAAUUCCAGUUGGACAUUAUGGGAUAUUGUGUGUAGGUCAGUGGCACAACAUCUAAAUGUAAUCAAUUUUAAAUUCAGGCUGUAACACAACAGAAUGUGGGGUAUGAAUACUUUUUAAAGGCACUAUGUGUUUGUGAUCCCGCAUGAUCUCGUACACACACUAAAAAUAUAUGCCCUCACUGUACUUAUUGGUGUAAUGUGUGAUGUGUAUUGUAGUGUAGUGUAUUGUAGUGUAGUGUAGUGUAGUGUAGUGUAGUGUAGUGUAGUGUAGUGUAGUGUAGUGUAGUGUAGUGUAGUGUAUGUGGGUCAGUGUGUUCUGUUCUGAUGAAAGAGAUAUUAUGUUGUCCUACCAGGGACUAAAGUUCCCGUGGGAGAGUGCUGUGUCAGGGAGAGAGGUGUGUCCUGAAGAUAUAUACGGACAACAAGAGAUCCACAUCAACGGAGACGUUACUCUGGCCUUCCAACACUACCUCUACCUCACACAGGUAACACCUAACCCCAACUCUACCUCACACAGGUAACACCUAACCCCAACACUAUCUCUACCUUACACAGGUAACACCUAACCCCAACACUACCUCACACAGGUAACACCUAACCCCAACACUACCUCUACCUCACACAGGUAACACCUAACCCCAACACUACCUCUACCUCACACAGGUAACACCUAACCCCCAACACUACCUCUACCUCACACAGGUAACACCUAACCCCAACACUACCUCUACCUUACACAGGUAACACCUAACCCCAACACUACCUCACACCAGGGUAACACCUAACCCCAACACUACCUCUACCUCACACAGGUAACACCUAACCCCAACACUACCUCACACAGGUAACACCUAACCCCAACACUACCUCUACCUCACACAGGUAACACCUAACCCCAACACUACCUCACACAGGUAACACCUAACCCCAACACUACCUCUACCUCACACAGGUAACACCUAACCCCAACACUACCUCUACCUCACACAGGUAACACCUAACACCAACAUUACCUCUACCUCACACAGGUAACACCUAACCCCAACAAUACCUCACACAGGUAACACCUAACCCCAACACUACCUCUACCUCACACAGGUAACACCUAACCCAACACUACCAUCUACCUCUCACACAGGUAACACCUAACCCAACCACUCUACCUCACACAGGUAACACCUAACCCCAACACUACCUCACACAGGUAUACACCUACCCCACAUACCUCUACUCACACGGUAACACCUAACCCCAACACACCUCUACCUACACCAUGGUUUACACUAACACCAACAUUACCUCUAGUCCUGCAACAGGUAACACCUAACCCACACUACUCAACAGGAACACCUAACCCAACCUACCUCGUACUCACACCAGUACACCUAACCAACAGACACCUUGCACAGUAAGACCUAACCAACACUACUCUACUCACCAGGUAACACCUAACCCACACUACCUCACCUCACACAGGUAACACCUACCCCAACAUUCUUCAGGUAACACACACCCAAACUACCUUUCCUACACAUCAGGAAACCUAACCCCAACACCUUACUACUACAGGUACACUAACCUCACACUACUACAUGAGGUUUACCUUACCCCAACUACCUCACUGUGGACCUAACCCACUACUACCUACACAUUAAAUACCAACACUAACCUUAACCUCACCGGAUAACGACCUACCAAACUGACCUUACAAGUAACAACAACCCAACAUCUACCUCACACAGGAACCUAACCCCAACCUACCUUACACAGGUAACACUACCCUACAACACUUACCUUCACAGUAACACCAACUACCCAACACUACUACAGCCACAGGCUCAACACUACCGCACACAGGUAACACCUAACCCAACACUACCUAGGUAACACCAACCCCACACUACCUUACCUCACACAGGUAACACCUAACCCCAACUACUUACCUCACACAGGUACCUAACAGGUAAACCUACCCUAAACACAACACUUCACACACAUCUAGGUCAGUCAUCCUCACUCACAGCCGGCUCCCUAGCGCCUCCCCUUAGGCCUAACCCUUUGGUUUUUUUCUGAUCUGAAAGGUAGGCAUAGGUAUUAGCAAUGUAGUGGUGACUGUUUCCACCAUAUUACCCACACUUUAAAGACCUGCGACCUGUCUGUCUGUUCUAGGACCUGUCUAUGUUCACAGAGGGGCGUGGCAGCGAAGUGAUUUGGGGCGUGGCUGAUUACUGGGUUUCCAGGGUAACCUGGAGCGCUGAAGAACAGAACUACCACAUCUUAGGUAAAGGGACAUUCAGUAAACAUAUUGUCAUUACACAUCUUAGAAAUAGUCAUGCCAGCCGAUGUCAGCUUAUUGCUAGCACUAACUUUAAUGAUAGCUAGUUUGAGGAAUUUUUUUACUGUUACUAUGACUGUGGUAUGUGGUUGUCUCCCCUGUGGUUAUCUCACCUAGCCAUCUUAAAAUGAAGGCACUAACUGUAAAUCACUCUGGAUAAGAGCGUCUGCUAAAUGACUUAAAUGUAAAUGAAUUGCAACUGAUUUAAUUGUCAUGCAGACUAGGUAAGCUAUUUGGCUAGUGGUCGUAGCAACCCUGUUGCUUGAGUAAACACGAGUAAACAAGACAUUUACCAAAGUAUCUCUGUUUUCUGUCAGGUGUCAUGCCUCCCGAUGAAUAUUACUACAACGUCAACAACUCAGUGUACACAAACACUGUGGCCAAAUUCAGGUAUGUAACACACCCGAGGGGUAUCCUACGAAGCUAGCUGCAGAGUGUUCAGAAAGUAUUCAGACCCCUUGACUUUUUCCCCAUUUUGUUACGUUACAGCCUUAUUCUAAAGUGGAUUAAAUCAAUAAAAAUCUUCAUCAAUCUACACACAAUACCCCAUAAUGACAAAGCGAAAACAGGUUUUUAGAAAUGUUUGCUAAUUUAGUUAAAAAAAAAAAACAGAAAUACCUUAUUUACAUAAGUAUUCAGACCCUUUGCUAUGAGACUCGAAAUUGAGCUCAGGUGCAUCCUGUUUCCAUUGAUCAUCCUUGAGAUGUUUCUACAACUUGAUUGGAGUCCACCUGUGGUAAAUUCAAUUGAUUGUACCUGUCUACAGUGAGGGAAAAAAGUAUUUGAUCCCCUGCUGAUGUUGUACGUUUGCCCACUGACAAAGACAUGAUCAGUCUAUAAUUUUAAUAGUAGGUUUAUUUGAACAGUGAGAGACGGAAUAACAACAAAAUAAUCCAGAAAAACGCAUGUCAAACAUGUUAUAAAUUGAUUUGCAUUUUAAUGAGGGAAAUAAGUAUUUGACCCCUCUGCAAAACAUGACUUAGUACUUGGAGGCAAAACCCUUGUUGGCAAUCACAGAGGUCAGACGUUUCUUGUAGUUGGCCACCAGGUUUGCACACAUUUCAGGAGGGAUUUUGUCCCACUCCUCUUUGCAGAUCUUCUCCAAGUCAUUAAGGUUUCGAGGCUGAUGUUUGGCAACUCGAACCUUCAGCUCCCUCCACAGAUUUUCUAUGGGAUUAAGGUCUGGAGACUGGCUAGGCCACUCCAGGACCUUAAUGUGCUUCUUCUUGAGCCACUCCUUUGUUGCCUUGGCCGUGUAUUUUGGGUCAUUGUCAUGCUGGAAUCCCCAUCCACGACCCAUUUUCAAUGCCCUGGCUGAGGGAAGGAGGUUCUCACCCAAGAUUUGACGGUACAUGGCCCCGUCCAUCGUCCCUUUGAUGCGGUGAAGUUGUCCUGUCCCCUUAGCAGAAAAACACCCCCAAAGCAUAAUGUUGCCACCUCCAUGUUUGACGGUGGGGAUGGUGUUCUUGGGGUCAUAGGCAGCAUUCCUCCUCCUCCAAACACGGUGAGUUGAGUUGAUGCCAAAGAGCUCCAUUUUGGUCUCAUCUGACCACAAUACUUUCACCCAGUUCUCCUCUGAAUUAUUCAGAUGUUCAUUGGCAAACUUCAGACGGGCAUGUAUAUGUGCUUUCUUGAGCAGGGGGACCUUGCGGGCGCUGCAGGAUUUCAGUCCUUCACGGCGUAGUGUGUUACCAAUUGUUUUCUUGGUGACUAUGGUCCCAGCUGCCUUGAGAUCAUUGACAAGAUCCUCCCGUGUAGUUCUGGGCUGAUUCCUCACCGUUCUCAUGAUCAUUGCAACUCCACGAGGUGAGAUCUUGCAUGGAGCCCCAGGCCGAGGGAGAUUGACAGUUCUUUUGUGUUUCUUCCAUUUGCGAAUAAUCACACCAACUGUUGUCACCUUCUCACCAAGCUGCUUGGCGAUGGUCUUGUAGCCCAUUCCAGCCUUGUGUAGGUCUACAAUCUUGUCCCUGACAUCCUUGGAGAGCUCUUUGGUCUUGGCCAUGGUGGAGAGUUUGGAAUCUGAUUGAUUGAUUGCUUCUGUGGACAGGUGUCUUUUAUACAGGAAACAAGCUGAGAUUAGGAGCACUCACUUUAAGAGUGUGCUCCUAAUCUCAGCUCGUUACCUGUAUAAAAGACACCUGGGAGCCAGAAAUCUUUCUGAUUGAGAGGGGGUCAAAUACUAAUUUCCCUCAUUAAAAUGCAAAUCAAUUUAUAAAAAUUUUGACAUGCGUUUUUCUGGAUUUUUUGUUGUUAUUGUCUCUAAACUGUCAAAACCUACCAUUAAAAUUAUAGACUGAUUAUUUCUUUGUCAGUGGGCAAACAUACAAAAUCAGCAGGGGAUCAAAUACUUUGUAUAUAAGGUCCCACAGUUGACAGUGCAUGUCCGAGCAAAAACCAAGCCAUGAGGUCGAAGGAAUUGUCCAUAGAGCUCCGAGACAGGAUUUUGUUGAGGCACAGAUAAGGGGAAGGGUACCAACAAAUGUCUGCAGCAUUGAAGGUCCCCAAGAACACAGUGGCCUCCAUGAUUCUUAAAUGGAAGAAGUUUGGAACCACCAAGACUCUUCCUAGAGCUGGCCGCCCGGCCAAACUGAGCAAUCGGGGGAGAAGGGACUUGGUCAGGGAGGUGACCAAGAACCCGAUGGUCACUCUGACAGAGCUCCAGGGUUCCUCUGUGGAGAUGCGAGAACCUUCCAGAAGGACAACCAUCUCUGCAGCACUCCACCAAUCAGGCCUUUAUGGAAGAGUGGCCAGACGGAAGCCACUCCUCAGUAAAAGGCACAUGACAGCCCGCUUGGAGUUUGCCAAAACACACCUAAAGGACUCAGACCAUGAGAAACAAGAUUCUCUAGUCUGAUGAAACCAAGAUUGAACUCUUUGGCCUGAAUGCCAAGUAUCACGUCUGGAGGAAACCUGGCACCAUCCCUACGGUGAAGCAUGGUGGUGGCAGCAUCAUGCUGUGGGGAUGUUUUUCAGCGGCAGGGACUGGGAGACUAGUCAGGAUCAAGGGAAAGAUGAACGGAGCAGAGAGAUCCAUGAUGAAAACCUGCUCCAGAGUGCUCAGGACCUCAGACUGGGGCGAAGGUUCACCUUCCAACAGGGACAACGACCCUAAGCACACAGCCAAGAAAACGCAGGAGUUGCUUCGGGACAGGUCUCUGAAUGUCCUUGAGUGGCCCGGCCGGAGCCCGGACUUGAACCUGAUCGAACAUCUCUGUAGAGACCUGAAAAUAGCUGUGCAGCGACGCUCCCCAUCCAACCUGACAGAGCUUGAUAGGAUCUGCAGAGAAGAAUGGGAGAAACUCCCCAAAUACUGGUGUGCCAAGCUUGUAGCGUCUUACCCAAGAAGACCGAGGCUGUAAUCAGUGCCAAAGGUGCUUCAACAAAGUACUGAGUAAAGGGUUCUGAAUACUUAUGUAAAUGUAAUAUUUCCGUUUUUUAAACAUUUGCAAAAAUAUCAAAAAAAACGGUUUUUGCUUUGUCAUUAUGGGGUAUUGUGUGUAGAUUGAUGAAGGGAAAAAAAAACAAUUUAAUCAAUUUUAGAAUAAAGCUGUAAUGUAACAAUAUGUGGAAAAAGUCCAGGGGUCUAAAUACUUUCCGAAUGCACUGUAGAUCUACUCAGACUUUUCUAACAGUAACCAGCUUCAGUUAGCUUCACAUUCCAGCUCAGGCUUCAUCCGUACAACGUCGCUGGAUAUUGCUCGUCAGCCUGCUGCCAACUUUAACAGUCUUGUAACUGCGCAUGCAUGUCGCACAUGGCUAGGUGAACGCCGAAACUCUUCACUGAGACGAUGCUAAAACAUCAAUCCAUGGGCGUGUCAGUGACACAUUUUCAUUUGUGCCGAAAUGAAAGAAAAGUUAUCUGGCAAAUUCAGCAGGCUAGGAUACCCCCUCAGGUAUUUCACAAUCUCACGUUAUUUUCAAUAGACCUUAUUCAUUUGGAAGCCAUCGUCGUUCCAAAUCCAGGCUUUCAGGGUAAGAAGCGGAAGCGCUCCUUUUUAAGUCUAUGGAAAACAUUGUGAAUCUAGUAACAUCAACUACUUUCUUUCUCAUCUCUUCCCCAGUCUUGAAUUUGCUGUGGAGUUGGCUGCCCUCCUGAAGUACCCUGCCCCGCGGGAGUGGCAGCAGGUAGCAGAGAAAAUCAAAAUCCCCUUCGACCAGAAGCAGAAAUACCAUCCUGAAUAUGACGGCUACAAAAAAGGCGAGUCUUGCCCACUGCCCAGUUGACUUAGUUGCUUUGCUUUACCAUAUGCAUACCAAAUCAAAUCAAAUCAAAUCAAAUUUUAUUGGCCACAUGCGCCGAAUACAACAGGUUCAGACAUUACAGUGAAAUGCUUACUUACAGCCCUUAACCAACAGGAGAGCAUUGGUAUGCAUAGCUCUUUUUCUAUGUGUGUUAAAGCAAAAAAAGGUCUAAUAUCAAAUCAAACUGAUCCAGUCAUUUCAGUAAUAAGGACAUGCAAAACAUACAGUAUCAUUGAGUCUCCGCUUUAUUUGACCUUCUCCCAGGACAAUUUGUGAAGCAGGCUGACACAGUGAUGCUAGGAUAUCCCCUGGGUCUCCCUAUGACCCCUGAGGUCAGGAGAAAUGACCUGGAGUUCUACGAGGCUGUUACAGACCCCGGUGGACCAGCUAUGACUUGGGUACGUUACAUAGUGAUACUACCAUGCACUGCCAAGAAAGGAUCAAUGUAUCAACUGUACUGAUGAAGGGUACCUACCUACAAAAGGACUUUAUAACACAUCAUAACGCACACAUAACCCAUACAUUCGUAAGCAGUACAUAAGCAUUUAUUUUCUACUACUUAUGAAUGCAGUAUGUGUGUAUUAUGAAUGUGUUCUGAAAUCCUUACUGGUACUUCCGCUAGAAGAGUGUUACUCAGUUGGAUGUAGAAGAGUGUUACUCAGUUGGAUGUAGAAGAGUGUUACUCAGUUGGAUGUAGAAGAGUGUUACUCAGUUGGAUGUAGAUGAGUGUUACUCAGUUGGGGAUGUAGAAGAGUGUAACUCAGUUGGAUAUAGAAGAGUGUUACUCAGUUGGAUGUAGAAGAAUGUUUCUGAGUUGGAUGUAGAAGAGUGUUACUCAGUUGGAUGUAGAAGAGUGUUACUCAGUUGGAUGUAGAAGGGUGUUACUCAGUUGGAUGUAGAAGAGUGUUACUCAGUUGGAUGUAGAAGAGUGUUACUCAGUUGGAUGUAGAAGAGUGUUACUCAGUUGGAUGUAGAAGGGUGUUACUCAGUUGGAUGUAGAAGAGUGUUACUCAGUUGGAUGUAGAAGAGUGUUUCUCAGUUGGAUAUAGAAGAGUGUUACUCAGUUGGAUGUAGAAGAGUGUUACUCAGUUGGAUGUAGAAGAGUGUUACUCAGUUGGAUGUAGAAGAGUGUUACUCAGUUGGAUGUAGAAGAGUGUUACUCAGUUGGAUGUAGAAUAGUGUUACUCAGUUGGAUGUAGAAGAGUUUGACCUAGUUGGGGAUGUAGAAGAGCUUUACCGGCCUCCCGAGUGGCGGUCUAAGGCACUGCAUCACAGUAUUGUGGCGUCACUACAGCCUGUGGUUUUAUCCCAGGCUGUGUCACAACCGGCCGUGACCAGGGAAUCCUAUAGGGCGGCGCACAAUUGGCCCAGCAUCGUCCAGGUUAGGGGAAGGUUUGGCUGGGGGGCUUUACUUGCCUCAUCGCACUCUAGCGACUCCUUGUGGCGGGCCGGGCGCCUGCAGGCUGACUUUGGUCGUUAGUUGAACGGUGUUUCCUCCGACACAUUGGUGCAGCUGGCUUCCGGGUUAAGCGAGCGGGUGUUAAGAAGCGCUGCUUGGCGGGUCACGUUUCGUAGGACGCAUGACUCGAACCUUCGCCUCUCCCGAGCCCGUUGGGAAGUUACAGCGAUAAGACAAGAUCGUAAUCACGAAAUUGGGGUGAAAAAGGGAGUAACAAAAAGAUAAAAUAAAAUACGAGUUUGACCUAGUUGGGGAUGUAGAAGCCCAUUUUGAAGUGUGUUUGUCUCUGUAUUCUGCCAGGGCAUGUUUGCAGUGGGCUGGCUGGAGCUGGGGGAGGUAGAGAAGGCGAGGAAUCUACUCCAGAAGUGUUUCAAAAACAUCCAGGGACCAUUCCAGGUCAGAAUGGGAAAACGCUCUCUCUCUCUCUCACACACGCACGCACAGACACACACACAGUCGUGGUUUUGAGAAUGACACAAGUAUUGGUCUUCACAAAGUUCGCUGCUUCAGUGUUAUGAGAUAUUUGUCAGAUGUUACUAUGGUAUACUGAAGUAUAAUUACAAGUGUCAAAGGCUUUUAUUGACAAUUACAUUAAGUUUAUGCAAAGAGUCAAUAUUUGCAGUGUUGACCCUUCUUCUUGACCACAAGUUCUCAAUGGGAUUAAGGUCUGGGGAGUUUCCUGGCCAUGGACCCAAAAUGUCGAUGUUUUGUUCCCCGAGCCACUUAGUUAACACUUUUGCCUUAUGGCAAGGUGCUCCAUCAUGCUGGAAAAGGUAUUGGUCGUCACCAAACUGUUCUUGGAUGAUUGGGAGAAGUUGCUCUCAGAGGAUGUGUUGGUACCAUUCUUUAUUCAUGGCUGUGUUCUUAGGCAAAAUUGUGAGGGAGCCCACUCCCUUGGCUGAGAAGCAACCCCACACAUGAAUGGUCUCAGGAUGCUUUACUGUUGGCAUGACACAGGACUGAUGGUAGCGCGCACCUUGUCUUCUCCGGACAAGGUGUUUUCCGGAUGCCCCAAACAAUCGGAAGUCCUCAGCAGUCCAAUCCCUGUACCUUUUGCAGAAUAUCAGUCUGUCCCUGAUGUUUUUCCUGGAGAGAAGUGGCUUCUUUGCUGCCCUUCUUGACACCAGGCCAUCCUCCAAAAGUCUUUGCCUCACUGUGCGAGCAGAUGCACUCACACAUGCCGCUGCCAUUCCUGAGCAAGCUCUGCACUGGUGGUGCCCCGAUCCCGCAGCUGAAUCAAGUUUAGGAGACGGUCCUGGCGCUUGCUGGACUUUCUUGGGCGCCCUGACGCCUUCUUCACAACAAUUCAACCUCUCUCCUUGAAGUUCUUGAUGAUCCGAUAAAUUGUUGAUUUAGGUGCAAUCUUACUAGCAGCAAUAUCCUUGCCUGUGAAGCCCUUUUUGUGCAAAGCAAUGAUAACGGCACGUGUUUCCUUGCAGGCAACCAUGGUUAACAGAGGAAGAACAAUGAUUUCAAGCACCACCCUCCUUUUAAAGCUUCCAGUCUGUUAUUCUAACUCAAUCAGCAUGACAGAGUGAUCUCCAGCCUUGUCCUCGUCAACACUCUCACCUGUGUUAACGAGAGAAUCACUGACAUGAUGGCAGCUGGUCCCUUUAGUGGCAGGGCUGAAAUGCAGUGGAAAUUUUGUGGGGGGAUUAAGUUCAUUUUCAUGGCAAAUAGGGACUUUGCAAUUAAUCUGAUCACUCUUCAUAACAUUCUGGAGUAUAUGCAAAUUGCCAUCAUCAAAACGGAGGCAGCAGACUUUGUGAAAAUUAGUAUUUGUGUCAUUCUCAAAACUUUUGACCACGACUGUACACACACACACAUACACACACACACAGUAUGUGUCACAUUAAUGUCUCUCUUUCAGGUAUGGAGUGAAUCAUCUGAUGGUUCUGGGGCGGUGAACUUUCUCACUGGUAUGGGAGGAUUCCUGCAGGCUGUACUGUUUGGUUACACUGGAUUCAGGUCAGUUAUAUCCACCACCAUACACAUCACCUGGCUUGAAACCAAACUGUCAUACAGUGGCAUCAAAAGAUGUACAUUACCCUUGUAUUCUGCUAUAAAAUUAUAUGUACCUACUUACUUUCUUAAAGACAUUCUCCGGUACUUUUGUAUACUUUUUAGACAGUAGUUCUGAAAGUAGCACUCACGAGCCAAAAGUGGUCCCCGACAAUUGCGUACCAUGUCACAUAGGUGCAAAUACAGUAUGUGCACCACGUCAUUUCUCUCUCUCUCUCUCUCCCUCUCUUUCUCUCUCUUCGUCGACUGAGCCGUUGGGCCUGCCCUGCAACCUCAUUGGAUAACGCUGGGCAGGCCUCUUGCUAGUUGUCACUCAAAUGCGAGGGGCUGAAGCUCAUUGGAUAGAACUCCAAUUGCUAGGGGGCUGGCCCACGUGGGGGGAAGUGUAGGGGAAAUCGUGCAGCAUAGCAUCAAGAAAACAGUCGCUUUCAAACUAGGGAUUUCGUGGCUAAUUGAGGUUAGACAGUAAUUCUGCUCAUAGAUUAUGAAUGAAUGAUCUACACAUUGACACAUCAGCCCAAAGGUUUAAACAAUACUUUCUUAGUGUCCAAAGUACCAGAGCAUGUCUUUAACCCCAUGUCUUUAACCCCACGUCUUUAACCCCACGUCUUUAACCCCACGUCUUUAACCCCACGCCUUUAACCCCACGCCUUUAACCCCACGUCUUUAACCUCACGCCUUUAACCCCACGCCUUUAACCCCACGUCUUUAACCCCACGUCUUUAACCCCUUUAACCCCACGUCUUUAACCCCACGUCUUUAACCCCACGCCUUUAACCCCACGUCUUUAACCUCACGCCUUUAACCCCACAUCUUUAACCCGCCCCGUUAACCCCAUGCCUUUAACCCCACCCCUUUAACCCCACGUCUUUAACCCCACGCCUUUAACCCCUUUAACCCCACGCCUUUAACCCCACGUCUUUAACCCCACGUCUUUAACCCCACGCCUUUAACCCCACGUCUUUAACCCCACGUCUUUAACCCCACAUCUUUAACCCCACAUCUUUAACCCCACGCCUUUAACCCCACCCCUUUAACCCCAUGCCUUUAACCCCACGUCUUUAACCCCACAUCUUUAACCCCACGUCUUUAACCCCACCCCUUUAACCCCACGCCUUUAACCCCACGUCUUUAACCCCACGUCUUUAACCCCACGUCUUUAACCCCACGUCUUUAACCCCACGCCUUUAACCCCACGCCUUUAACCCCACGCCUUUAACCCCACGCCUUUAACCCCACGUCUUUAACCCCACGCCUUUAACCCCACGCCUUUAACCCCACGCAUUUAACCCCACGCCUUUAACCCCACGUCUUUAACCAUUGGGACAUAAGACAACAAUGAGCUCCUCAGUGCGAAGAUCUGCAGGAUGGACACUUACACUCUUUUUCCUUUUUUCCUUCUCAGAGUACAGAAGGAUUGUCUGGCCUUCACCCCUCUCAUCCCUGAUGACAUCACUCAGCUGUGUAUCCGGGGUGUCAGUUACCUGGGCAACAAGAUGGACUGGCUGGUGAGGGGACAGGAAGUUUACAUCAUACUGAGAGAGGAAGCAAAGCAUGCUGGGAACACCGAACCCUGCGCUCUGCAGGUGGUCCUCAAGAACUCCGGGACCAAGAUUCCUCUUAUAGCAGGUAAAACUCUAUUCUAUUCUAUACCAUUUGAUUUUACUCUAUCCCAACUCACAAAUGCUGAAAGUGAGCCUUCAAAUACUGUAUGGAUAUUAAAGUAAAGUUAUAAUUAAAUACUGUAUAGAUAUUAUAAUAAAGUUAUCAUUAUUGUGUUGAAAUCAAUCAUGUUAUGCACACAAAAUCUGAAUCAUGCACACAGAUUCAGAUUUUAUCGUUGUUUUAGGGUUAGGAAAAAAUCAGUAACACUUUACUUGAAACCUAGCGUCAUAACAUGUUAUGAAACGGUCAUAACCAUGUCAUAAUAUGUCAUAACAGCUGUCAUAACCUGUCAUAAUAUGGUCAUAACAGCUGUCAUGACACAUAUAUUUAGACCUUUUGUGACAUAUAUAUUGCAUUAUUUUAUGGCUGGUUAUGACACCUGGUUAAUACAUACACAUAUUUGAUAUGAUAAUAAAUAAAGGUCAUUGUGUUUCUUUGUUUCCUCAGGAAAACCAGUGACUUUCCCACGGGAGUCCGGAACCAUCUGUAAAGUGGAUGGUGCCCUAUCCUGCUGGCCCAUGUGAGGACCAUCCCUGUCAAACCCUAUUGCCUUCUAUCAACAGUGCCUUCAGAAAGUAU